UAUUCCGCCCUGACUUCAUGCUUCAUAACAUCAAGGAAGUUAAGCCACGUUACGGGAAAGAAAUUCUGAUAAUGUUGUCGGACUUGCUUUUAAUAUCUCAGUUGGUCUUUUCUCAAUGUCUCGAUAAAAGCAUAAAACCAUCAGCAAUCAGUGGAGAAGAAGAGAAACACUUUCAAAAGGCAUGUUUGAGUUUGUUUCGGAAUAGACUGAAGCAUUUGUGUGAUUCUCCUGGUUGUGUUUGAAAUCCUUUAGAAAGUGAAAGUGAAAUGUAGGCUAGUUUGCUGGAGCUCUCAAACAGUGAAAAUGGAUUCAUUCUCUGUAAAGGAAAUUUCUUGUCCGAUUUGCUGUGAAAUCUUCAGGGCUCCUGUUCUUCUGUCGUGUAGUCACAGUUUCUGUAAAGAGUGUCUUCAACAGUUCUGGAGAACCAAGUACACUAAGGAGUGUCCUGUCUGCAGGAGAAGAUCGUCAAGGGAUGAUCCUCCAUGUAAUCUUGUGUUAAAAAACUUGUGCGAGUCAUUCCUGAAGAAAGGGGGAAAUGAGAGCCACUCAUCGGGACCUGAGGAGGUCUGCAGUUUACAUCAUGAAAAACUCAAACUCUUCUGUCUGGAGGACAAACAGCCUGUGUGUUUAGUGUGCAGAGAUUCACAAAAACACCUCAAUCACACAUUCAGACCCAUCAGUGAAGUAGUUUCAUCUCAUACGGAAGAGCUGAAGUCCUUACAAGAACAACUUAAACACAGAGAGAAAAUUAAAGAAGAGUGUGUGACAAUAUUUCAACACAUUCAGUGUCAGGCGGAGCACACUGAACGUCAGAUUAAACUGGAGUUUGAGAAGCUUCAUCAGUUUCUCAGAGAUGAAGAAGAAAUUGCCAUCGCUGCGCUGAGGGAGGAAAAGGAGCAGAAGAAUCAGAUGAUGCAGGAGAAGUUUGAGGAGCUCAACAGACACAUCUCAGCUCUUUCACACACAAUCAGAGACCUGGAGAAGAUGAUGAAUGGCAAUGAAGUUUUGUUUCUAAAGAACUUUCCAGAUGCGAUGGAAAGAGUCCAGAGCUUACGGUCGGAUGUACAGCUGGCUUCUGGAGCUUUGAUUGAUGUGGCACGUUACCUGGGCAACCUGCCAUUCAGAGCCUGGAAGAAGAUGCAAGAUGUUGUCCAAAACACUCCUGUGAUUCUGGAUCCGAACACGGCUCAUCCUGAUCUCCUCUUGUCUGAUGAUCUGAGCAGUCUGACGUGCAGCGCCAACAGUCAAGCGCUUCCUAAUAAUCCAGAGAGAUUCGAUGAGCAUUCCUGUGUUCUGGGUUCAGAGGGGUUUACCUCAGGAACACACUGCUGGGAUGUGGACGUCAAAGAGAGCUCGUCCUGGGGCCUUGGAAUAACUACGGCAUCAAACCAGAGGAAGGGAUAUGAUUUCUUUGACAGUGGUGUGUGGAGUGUGCAGCACAGACUGUUUGAAGAGUCUGGUUUUCCUGUCGUACAAAAGCUUGAGCGGGUUUUAGAUUUCAUGGAGUUAGUUCUGGUGAGGGAUCCCUGGAGGAGAUAACAUAUGAGACCCAUAACUCAGUGAUGUAUAUGUUUUCAUUUCUCUCUUAUGAGUCAUGCAAUGAUCCGUAGAAAAAUGAACUUGCUGUCAAUAAAACAAAAUUUUGAUGGCUCUACAAAUGUCUCCUGAAUUUUUGGGGAAGAACCGUCACAUUCAUAUUUAAGAUUUUAUGGCUCAGUUAUUAAUAGAAAAAGUUCUUCAGCUGCAUUAAAGUUUUUUUUUUUCACAGGUUAAGAUACAGCAACAUGUUUUCUCUUCGAGACAUUUCUUGU